CUAUAGACUAAUCGUCCCUUCCCUCCGCUGCUCUUCUUUCACAAACCAAAGCUCCAUUAAAACUCCUUCCGUUUCCUUUAUUAUAAUAUGUCUCUCCUUUAAACUAUAACAUAAUUAAUCUUAUAACUCUGUAUUAUUUCAACCCAUUUUCUCUGGAAACUGUUGAAGCAUCUCUCAGUUCACUACCGAGGUCAGCCAUUUUUGUACUUCUGCUUAAUUUGGUUCCAGUUUUGUUUAUAUUAUUCAUUUUUUUUUUUUAAAAUAAUACCGUAGAAUAGAAUGAGUUCAACUUUGAUUAAUAGAAGAAAACUUUUAACCAUAUUGAGAAACCCUUAUUUAUUUUGCACUCAAAUCAAAACCCCACAAAAACCUUGUCCCCAAAAACCGUUAACACAAAACCCUUUUAGGAUUGAUCAGGUUUGUUAUUUUUCAACUAAGUUUCCUGAAUAUGAGAUGCCAUCUGUCACUUGGGGUGUUAUUCAAGGGAAAAAAGAGAAACUUGUUAACCGUGUUAAGAUUUGUGAUUAUCUCAAGAAUUUGGGCAUAAUUCCCGAUGAAUUAGAGGGUCUUGAGCUACCCUCAACCAUUGAGGUUAUGGAGGAACGGGUUGUUUUCUUGCAGAAAUUGGGAUUGACUGUUGAUGAUCUUAAUGAGUACCCAUUGAUGCUUUGUUGUAGUGUGCGUAAAAAUAUGAUACCGGUGUUGGGGUAUUUAGAAAAAAUUGGUAUUCAGAAGUCGAAAUUGGGUGAGUUUAUUAAGAAUUAUCCGCAAGUGUUGCAUGCUAGUGUGGUUGUUGAGCUUAUGCCUGUUGUGAAGUUUCUUCGUGGGCUUGAUGUUGAAAAGCAAGAUAUUGGUUAUGUUUUGAUGAAGUAUCCUGAGCUAUUGGGGUUUAAGCUGGAAGGAACAAUGAGUACUUCUGUAGCUUAUCUUGUUAGUAUUGGUGUUACUCCUAGAGAUAUUGGUCCCAUGGUGACUCAAUAUCCAUAUUUUUUGGGAAUGAGAGUUGGGACUGUUAUUAAGCCACUUGUUGAUUAUUUGGUUUCUUUGGGUUUGCCAAUUAAGAUUUUGGCUAGGAUGUUGGAGAAACGUGCAUAUAUUCUUGGGUAUGAUCUUGAAGAGACUGUUAAACCAAAUGUGGAUUGUUUGGUUAGUUUUGGGAUCAGGAGGGAAUUGCUCCCUUCAGUCAUAGCACAGUUUCCACAAAUUCUUGGUUUGCCUCUGAAAGCUAAGAUGUCUUCUCAGCAAUAUUUCUUUAAUCUGAAGCUUAAGAUUGAUCCAGAAGGCUUUGCACGCGUGGUUGAGAAGAUGCCGCAAGUUGUUAGCCUUAGCCAACAUGUGAUUUUGAAGCCUGUUGAGUUUCUUUUGGGGCGGGGAAUACCCUCUGUGGAUGUGGCAAAGAUGGUUGUGAAAUGUCCACAGUUAGUUGCAUGCCGAGUUGAGCUCAUGAAAAAUAGUUAUUACUUUUAUAAGAGUGAGAUGGGGAGGCCGCUGAAAGAGCUGGUGGAGUUCCCAGAAUACUUUACUUACAGCUUGGAAUCAAGGAUAAAACCCAGAUAUCAAAGGUUACAAAGCAAGGGGAUCAGAUGUUCGUUGAAUUGGUUCCUAAACUGCAGUGACCAGAGAUUUGAAGAGAGAUUGCUGGGUGAUUACAUUGAAUCAGACAGUUUGGGUCUAUCAUUUUGUAUUGGUGGGAAAUUAGAGCUACCAGGGAGUGAAAUUGUAUCAGAUGAGGAUGAUGAGAGUGAUGAUGAGGUUCUAUACAGGCGUACUGUAUCUCUUUAGUAAAUUUAAAUUAAUGAUAAGAAAAAAAGUUCAAUUUCAAAUUCUAAAUGAAAUCAGAGGAUUUUGUUUUGUUUGCAUCUUUCUUGUUAUGUUAUUUUUGAAUUCUACUUUGUUUAAGUUCUAUGAUUCAGGUUUCUCUGUACUUAUUGUCCAUAGUUGCAGCUAUAAGUGUGCUGAUUCUGUUCAAGGCAGUAUGAAUUAUUUUUGAUACAUCAUAAUUUGAAUCACUCUGAUGAAAUACCAAUCAGUUUUGUUAUCUAGUCAUUACAUUCUAAUUC